AUGUCUUUGAGCAAAUCAACAAGUAACGGCGAAACUGUGAAAAAAGAUUUAAAUAGUAAAACUGAGAAUUCAGAUACCACUAUAGUGAUCCCAAAUGCAACGAGCCAUAAAAAGUCAGAGGGAUCGUUAGAAUCGCUCGAACUCACCUUAUCACCGUCACAAAUAACUCCCAAAGAGAAUGAAAACUAUCAAGGAUUGAAUGCAAAUAACAGUGAAAUUAAACAAAGCAAUGAUAAUAGCCCUUCUAGGCAACAAACUAAGUUUCCGUAUUUUCAGAUUGGUGUUAGUGAAGAUAGAAAUAAAAGGUGUAGGCGAACUAUGGAGGACGCGCAUUCUUUCUUUUAUGAUUUCGCGGGGGUUGAGGGUCAAGGAUUUUUUGCUAUUUUUGAUGGUCAUGCAGGCAAACAAGCUGCUGAAUGGUGCGGUAGUCAUUUUCAUGAGACUUUUCAACAAGUUCUUCAAAAAAACACACAUCGCUCAAUCCCAGAAGUAUUUCAUUUGGCAUUUCUCGAAGCCGACAAAGAACUGAACCAAAGCGCGGGCAAACAUUCAGGAUGCACAGCUAUCGCUGCAUUUCUUCGAACAGAAGAAAUUAAAGAUAGUGAAGUAACAAAUGGCAAAGAAAAUACACCACAAGCAACAACAGCAUCUGAAAUAGUAGAAUCAAAAAAGAAAUCCAAGCGUGUUCUUUAUACUGCAAAUGUAGGGGAUGCCAGGGCCGUUUUAUGCCGUGAUGGUAAAGCCAUUCGUCUGUCAUAUGAUCAUAAAGGAAGUGAUGCUCAAGAGGCAAAAAGAAUUACGGAUGCGGGCGGAUUCGUAAUGAAUAAUCGUGUUAAUGGUGUUCUCGCAGUGACUAGAAGUCUUGGAGAUAGUUCAAUGAAAGAAUUUGUUGUUGGAAAUCCUUAUACCACUGAGACAAUUUUAACGGAAAAAGAUCCUUUUCUGAUAUUGGCAUGUGAUGGGUUAUGGGAUGUCUGUGAAGACCAAGAUGCAGUUGAUCUCAUUAAAGGCUUCACUGACCCACAAAUAGCUAGUAAAAACUUACUUGAUCACGCCUUGCAAAAUUUCAGCACUGACAAUCUUAGUGUUAUGGUGGUGAGAUUAAUGAAUGGAUAG